AGUAAGCUUGCUGUACCUGCGUGAUGUAAUAGUAGCAAUAGGUAAACCUGUUGCUUCGUGCUAUGAUUUCACAUGGGACAACAAACCAUGCGUCACUGGACUACGCCAUCGUGUGGGCGUGGUUUGUUGCGAAAGAGGGCGGUGCCAGUGUGAGUGACACAUCAGCGAUCAAAUCAAAGGUCGCACUGUUGCAGCGCUGGAGCUGUUUGUUUAUAGUGGAGUGAUUUCUUAAGUUGGAGUCGUUUGUAGCAGUCACACGUUCAUUCGGAGGAGCUGGAAACGGGACUUGGUGAUCAUGUGGACCCCAGCAGCUUUCGCUCGGAGUUAACGCUCACAUAUCUGCGAAGAUGUGGUUAGCAAACUUCAAAAAUCAGCCGAUAAAUUACGACAGAGAAAACAAACCAAGGGACGAAUAUCAGAAUACGUGACCGGGUAUUGUUUGAGGAUGGAGAGGAGCGCAUCGGAGCGGACCGCGCUGCGGCGGUUUGGGGACAGCGGCAUGAUGCUUCUGCCCUGGACUAAACAGAUCCUGACGGUGCUGUGGGAGCACCUGCGACUGCUGGUCCAGGUCAUCUGCUGCACUUUGAUUUCGGUUUUUCAGAUGUUCAGGUUUGAAGUCCAUGUGAGAAUUACAGACGAGACAGGGCAACACAUUCAGCACAUGACAAGUGGGUCAGGAGACCCUUCUGACAGUUUCCUGCUCUCAUCCUUGUUUGAAAACAACAAAAACAUGGUGGUCGGGGGUUCCAGUCCACUUUCAAAAUUCGGCAGGGACCCAUUCGACGUGAGCUCUCACUCCAGGGCUGUCCUGUCCAGUCUGGUCGGCGAUGAACUCUGUUGCUCCUUGGUGGACGACCUUGUGUCCCAUGCAACAGAGUGUCUCAAUGACACUGAAGACCUCUAUAUUGGAGAUCACUCCAUGUGGAAGCAUGGAUACGACUGGACCAUACUAGGAGGAUCAGAGAGGAAAUGCGGAGAGAACGCCUGCACGUUUACUGCACAUGUGUCUGGGUUUUCUGCAAAGGAGUUUGUAAAGCAUCAGAAGCCCAUCGGUGAUCCUGAUUCGUGUAGUUCAUCUACAGAAGAUGUUCAAGCUCCAUGUCAAGUGCAGUCAGUCGGUCAAUUCUCAGACAGUGAGUUCAGCUGGGGAAGCACAGACAGCUCUUGUUUUGAAGGAGAACGAGAGGAGAAUGACAAACUCUGGGACCUCCUGACCAGCUCGACGGAUCCAUAUCACCCUCUACACUUCAAGGCAUGUUUGUCCAGUGCGGUUCCUGAAAAAAGCAAAACGCAGAUGGUUUUGAAGGCUGAAAGUCCCACUGUAUCACACUCCACUGCAUCUACAGGCUCCGAUUCUUCUAAACCAGGUUCUGAAGAUGAAGAAGAGGAGGCCUUAUGGAGAUCCCUCUCUCAGAAUGAUGACCCAUAUCACCCAUUGAAUUUCAGAGCACCUCUUCAAAGCUCACCAGCUACAUCAGUACCCUCAAAACAUGAUUCGCCCAGUGACAACACACUAAAUAAAACGGAUAGACUCUUAAAAUCUUCAAGACGCGUAAAGCCAGAGUUACCAUCAAGUAAAGUUGCUCGCCAUUGCUGCCACAAAGUACCAGUUGAGACAUUAUCAGUGGUGCCAUGGAGAAGACAUGUUGGUCUGACUGCUCUUCAGGGCAACCAAAGGAAAUGUCCCAAUUUUAAGAAGGUGAAAUUUUCUCCUGUAGUACAAGUCCACAAGAUGCAAGCUUGGUCCUUUGCUUUUCAAGCAUCUCGUAAGGGACCGUGGGAGGAGUUUGCACGGGACAGAGACCGUUUCCGAAAGAGAAUCAGUGAAACUGAGAAGGCCAUUGGCUAUUGUUUUAGUUUGUCACACAGGGAAAAGCUGUGGGCCUAUAAGGACAGAGUACAGAAGAAGUAACCAGCCCUUGAUUUGCAAAAAUUGGUUUCUGAUUGUAAUUAUUGAUCUUAUAGUUCCCAGGCCAGCCUCUAGACUGCUAUAUUGACUCUAAUUGACAUUUAUACCUCACUGCUGUGUCCCAACACACACUGUACCUUGACUGCUACGAAAAAUUGAUUGUAAAAGUUGAAAGUUACUACUGCUGUUGAUACUGAAUUUUUAUUUUAUUUUAUGUUUUUUGCUAUGCUAUGCUUUACAGACUCUUGAGUGUGACUAAUCACACACAUUUAUUUUUUAACACAAAUUGUUGAUAUGUUGGAGUACUAGACUAGUGUUAUGUUAUUUAAAGAGAUAGUUCACCUAAAAAUGAAUAUUCUGCCAACAUUUACUCUCAUGCCAUUGCCAAUUCCAAAACUUUAUUUUUUUUCAUGUGAAGCACAAAAUAAGACUUUUUGAAAAAUGGCAUGGUGUUUUUUCCAAUACAGUGAAAGUCAGAGGGUCCAGUGUUGUUUUGGAACCCACUGACUUUCAUUGUAUGGACAAAAAAGUUCAGUAAUAAUUCUUCAAAACAAAAAGUAGUUAUAAUAAUAAUAUCGCCUCUUGUAUUUCACAAAAGAAAGAAAGUCACACAGGUUUGGAAUGAUGUGAGCAACAGUAAAAGAUAACAAUUUUCAUUUUUGGGUAAAUUAUACCUUGUUUAUUCCAAUGGUUUUAAAUGGUGUAAAAAAAUAGGCUGCUUUUAUUAUUGUUCAUUAUGUUGACAAAAAUGCAAAAAAAAAAAAAAAAGAAGAUGUAACAAGACCAAGUUACAAUGCACCUCAAUGUUUACAUUUUUCUAUAUAUAGAUAUAUAUAUUUGUUCAAAUACACUACUGUUAAAAAGUUUGCAGUCAGUAAGAUUUUUCAUAAUAUUAUACUUUUAAUUAAUACUUCUAUUCAGCAUGGACACAUUUGAACGCAUCACAGUUUCUUCAAAAUUAUUAAGAAGCACAAUUUUCAACAAUAACGUUAAGAAAUGUUUCUUGAGUAUAUAAUAUUUCACAAUACUACUUUUUAACUGAAUUUUGACCAAAUAAAUGCAGCCUUAUUGCGCAUAAGAAACUUUUUAAAUACAUUUAAAAACCUUACAGACCUCAAACUUUUAAGCAGUAGUGAAUAUGUAAAUUACAUCCUAAACCAUAUGUCCUACAAAAACAGAUGCUGUUAUAAGAUGUUUGCUACAUUUGACUUCACUGAUCAUUGCAGUUUGUUCAUGAAAAAAAAUGUAAUGCUUUUUUUUUUCUGUUUUAUACACUAUUACUAUUCAAAUGUUCUAUUAUCACAUCCUGCAUUUGUUGAAUGUACAGUUGUUUCCUUGCGCACUGUGUCCUGGCUCAUUUAUUUGGUUCAUCAUACUAGUUCAUUGUGUCUCAGACUCUGACUGCAGAGGUGCAGAACUCCUGCGAGACCGUCAUGUGCAGCCCCUGUAAGAGAGGGUUAAAAACAAAGCGUGAUGAAACUCUCUCCCGUGAGGAGAAAUCAAUUAGCAUCUCCCCUCGACACAUCAGCUGCAACACAAGCUUGUAUGGUGCAAAGACAAGCAAUCGUUUACGCAAUCUUUCAUGCUGAGACAACAGACUGUGGGUCUAAUUUAAUGAUGCUCUGUCCUUGAGUUAAUUAGAUUGCAUUUCAGACACAUUUAUUGAUAACACAAAGGUGGACACGUGCUAUUAUGAAAGUGUUUAACACUCUAUUAGCAAUAGCUGACUGGUUGCACUUUACAUUUUGCUUGUUGAAACGCCGGUUUGAAAGCAACAGAUCUGAGAGCAGUUUGAGGAAGGGCUGGUAGCUGGAUGCAUGAUGGUAGUUGCAUGUGGCGCUGCUAUGGUGUCUUCCUCUCCUAAGGUGCCUUCACCCAGGUGACCUUGGUCUCUAGGCAACCAAGCACAGCAGUAUUUGGCAGUAAGAGGAUUGCAUAUGAUUGCAGCAGGGGCUGGUGUGUUGUGGGAGGGCAGCCAGCAUGGCCCCAGCCUCUUAUUACUCAUCCUGGAGAGUCCAAAGCUUGAGAAGGGGGAUCUCUGGAGUCAUAAUUACAAAGCACUGACUGCCUGAUGCAAUAGAGCAGUCAGCAGCCACAGUGUGUAAGAUAAAAGAUAGUCAGACACAUCUCACGUUGCAGAGAGAAAUUCGUGCUGGAUUGGUUAUUGCAGUAAUUUUUAAAUAUUUCCGAACUUCAGUAAUGUGCAUGGUCAGUGUACAUUAAGUGGUUAAAAACAUGAAUGAUUAAAAAUGGUGAUGGUUCCCUGUCUGAUAUGUAAACAUAUUUGAAUAUUCAAAUUAGAUGCAGCAGCUUCACAGUGUCAUUUUGUAAAUUCAGUAUUUAGUUCAAGCACCUUUACAGCCUCAAGUCUUUUGGGAUAUGAUGCAACAAGCUUUGCGCAUGUACGUUUGGAAAUUAUCUGCCAUUCUUCUCCUCACCUCUUCACCUCUCAAGCUCUGUCGGCUUUGAUGGGGGCUGAUGGACAUUUUCAGGUUUCUCCAGAAAUAUUUGAUGGGUUCAAUCCCAGGCUCUGGCUGGACCACUCAAGGACAUUCACAGAGUUGCCCAUAAGCCACUCUUGCUGUGUGCUGAGGGUCAUAGUCCUGUUGGAACGUGAACCUUCUGUGAUGAGGUUCUGAAUGCUCUGGACUGGGUUUUCAUUAAGACUAUCUCAAUAUUUUGAUCUGUUGAGCUUGAGUCCCUGCCGCUGAAAAACAGCCCCACAGCAUAAGGCUGCUACCAGAACACUUUACUUCUGGGAUAGUACUGUAGAGGUAAUGAGCAGUGCCUGGUUUCCUUCAAAAAUGAUGCUUGAAUUAAGGUCCAUCAGACCAGACAAUCUUGUUUCUCAAAAUCUGCAAGUCCUUUGGUUGCAAAAAACCAAGGCCCUUGUCCAUCAAUUGCUCAGGAGGCCAGCUCUAGGAAGAGUACUAGUUGUUCUAAACUUGUUCAAUUAUGGAUAAUUGAGGCUACAUAUUUCUGUGAGCCUUCAAUGCAGCAGAUUUUUUUUUUUUUCAGAAAUCUUCCCUAGAUCUGUGGC